UCGCCCCCUCCCCCUUCCCAACACGAACCCCAACACCCGUCCCCCCCUUCCCCCUCCCGGCGAACGAACCCGACCGUUACGACGAUCAAGAUAUGCCUGCGUACAUCCCACAAGCCGGCCAAUCCAACUCGCUCAUCCUCCCCAUCUCGUCCAGCGAAAGUGUCAGCGCCCGCCCGCAGAAGCGACAACGCACUCAGAGCUCCAACUCGUCGGUCGCGGGUGCCGUCGGAAAUGCUCAACACCACCAGCAGGAGUUCCAGAGGGCUGCUUAUAUUCAGCAGCAGCACCAGCAACAGGCAGCACAACAACAGCAGCAGGCAGCACAGCAGCAACAGCAACAGCAGCAGCAGAGUUCUGCCGCGCUGAAAAAUGGCAUCGGCUCUGGAGGUGGAGGCGGGGGUGUUGGUGCACAGAAGUACAGUGCGAAUGGAUACAUGGCUGGAGGGGGACAGAAGGCUGCAGUUUCUACGGGCGGCAAUACGAGUGGGAUGAUAGGGACGCCGGCGAAGCAGCAGCAGCAGCAGCAACCACCUCAAGCUUACAUGCGAAGUCCCUCGACUACGAACGCGCAUAUUCACAAUACUGCUGGUAGCAUGGGUAGUAGAGGUGGAGGCGUUGCCGCUGCGAUCGUACCUGCUGCGCCCUCCAACACGGGUGACGUUCCGAACUUUAGCAUGGGAGGUGGUGGUGGUGGUGCGGCAGUCGCUGAGGAGCCUGGGCUUUCAUCCCUUAGGGUUCGAGAAGAAAACGGCACUGAGACAUUCGCGGUGCCUCUCGGUAUCGCUAACACUUGGGAGAGCUUAGUUCCCGUGCUGCAAACCACGUUCCAAAAACUCGGCGAUCCAAAGUUGAUGAAUUCUAGAGGAGAUACGAUCGCGCGUGCGAUGCUACCGCAUUUCCUCAAGGACGGCAUGCUAUUUGUCGUCUCGUUUCCGAAUCACCACAGCCAUACGGCGGCCCCCCACGUUCCCGCUCGCGCGAUACAGCAGCCUCCGCCUCCGCCCCCACCACCACCUCCACCGCCGCCACUGCCUAUGACGCCUGUUUCGAACACCAUCGUGUCUCCGGAACCGAUACCAAGCAGUAGUGGAAUGCCUUCUGGCAACUACAACGCGCUUCCCAACGGCAGCGUCAACAAUCCUCCGACACCCUAUUCGCCUCCCCCUCUCCAUCCAACACCACCACCAAUCCACUAUUCCAACACGAACGGUGCUCCGGCGGCUGUUGCUGCCCCGGUUGCCAGCAACGGUGGAGGUGAAGGCGGAGGCGGUGGUACACCCAGCACAUCGAGUUCCUCGUCCCCGCGAGGCGAACCAAUACAGUACAAGCUGUCGCGCUCCAUCAAAACCGUGAUGGACCUCUGGACAGAAUGGCAGAAAGGGUUGUCGCCCAACGAGCCAUCGGUGCUAUCCCUCGAGUCUACGUACGGGCCUAAGUGGCGCGCCAGCCAGGCGGAGCGCAAAUUUUAUUCGCGCAGGAAGGUGAUCAUCGAGGAGGUCAAGAAGCUGAUGGAACGGGGACAUGCCGAGUGGGAAGCACUGCGUGUGGUCGACUCGUGGAGGGAGAAUAAGAGCUUGGAUGCGUUAUCCAAGAAGAUCGUCAAGAAGAGGAAAAAUGUAACUGCCGAGGAAAGGGACGAGUUCGAGGAGCAGCACGGGCCGGGAAGGGAAGCUAGAGGCGGUGGUGGGAUUGGUGGUGGUGUUGGCGGUGGCGGCGGUAGUGGCGGUGGUGGCGCGAUUAGGCAGCAGCGGCAACAGCAGCAGCAACAGCAGCAGCAGCAGCAACAACAACAGCAGCAGCAGCAGCAGCCGUCAGGUCUAGGGAACGGGUGGUGAGGGUUAAUGCCGCCGGGUGACGGACAUGUGGCCUUGGCGUACUAGGAAUUUCCUUGGUGUUAUUACCGGAUUGGAUUGGAUUGGUUGGUUGGUGCUUGCUUUGGGAUACCUUCUU